AUGGCCGGGCCGCGGGAGGGACGCCAGCGCGAGUGCAUCUCCGUCCACGUCGGCCAGGCCGGCGUCCAGAUGGGCAAACACGUGUGCUGGGAGCUGUACUGCCUGGAGCACGGCAUCCAGCCCGACGGGCAGAUGCCCAGCGACAAGACCAUCGGCGGGGGGGACGACUCCUUCACCACCUUCUUCUGCGAGACCGGCGCCGGGAAGCACGUCCCGCGGGCCAUCUUCGUGGACCUGGAGCCCACCGUGAUCGGUGAGUGCUGGGAGUACCAGGGCACGCUGGAGCGGGACGGGCAGACCACGCUGCGUGUGACCGGCAGGGCAGGGGACGCGCUGGACGUGCUCCUGGAGAACAUGGGCAGGCUCAGCUUCGGGGCCAACUUCAGCGACUUCAAGGGCUUGCUGGGGAACCUCUCCUUGGACUCCAGCCUGCUCAGCAACUGGCUCAUCUACCCCCUGGCCAUAGAUGCUGCCGUCCAGCAGGGCUGGCCCCACGCUGCCCGGCCACAAUCAAGCGGUAGGGGCAGAUCGGGGCCAGCCUUCUACACCGGGACCUUUGAGACCCCUGGCAUUGCCUGGGACACCUUUGUGAAGUUCCCAGGUUGGAGCAAGGGCCAGCUGUGGAUAAACGGCUUCAACCUGGGCCGGUACUGGCCCCGCCGUGGGCCCCAGCAGACCCUCUUUGUGCCUGGCUCAGUCCUGCGUGUUGGCUGCCCCAACAACAUCACGGUGCUGGAGCUGGAGGGAGCACCUCCCACCCCCUUCCUGCUCUUCCUCGACCAACCCCUUCUCAACAGGACCCUCAGCCCCAGCACCUGGACUGCAGAAUAAACACGGGGCUGCCAGGCACUGUCACGUGCCUGGUAUGUGUCUCAUGCACACCAUGGUACGUGGGUGAGGGUACAGAGGAGGGCGAGUUCUCUGAGGCACGUGAGGACAUGGCUGCCCUGGAGAAGGAUUACGAGGAGGUGGGCCUGGACUCCUACGAGGACGAAGAGGAGGCAAGGAGUAGAGAAGCCACAGCCAAAGAGGACCGUGCUCCUUCUCCCGUGUCUCCUGCGGGAACCCUUUGCAAUAAACCGUUUGAGAGCCUCCGUGUCUCCCAGUAA